UUGUUAGACCAACUUGUUUUUUCCCAGUUUGCGUGACAAGAUGGCCGACAGGAAGUGUUCGUUUUCCUCUUUGGAGGUGAUGCUGAUGGUGCUGUUCGUUGCCAUGGCGACUGUCAGUGUGACACUGCUCACACUGAUGGUGACAAGUGACAGGACGACCGGUUCUGACCCGACUCCGCCCCCAAGUCCUGAAACGCCACGCCCACCUUUUCUGAUUGGAGUGGGUCGUGCUGACUGCACUGGACCCCCCGCUGACAUCCCUCUGAUGGGCUAUGCUAACCCUCAGCAGACAGCUGCAGGAAUUCACACUCGCUUGUUCAGCCGAGCCUUCAUCGUUGAUGACGGCCAGCACAGAGUGGUCUUCGUCACCGUGGACGUGGGAAUGAUCUCCCAGAGGCUGCGACUGGAGGUGCUGAGGGCCCUGCAGGUGCAGUAUGGUUCUGUGUACAAGCAGGACAAUGUGGUGCUGAGUGGGACACACACUCACUGUGCACCUGCAGGAUACUUCCAGUACACUCUCUUCAUGCUCAGCAGCAAAGGUUACAUCAAGUCUUCCAUCCAACCUCUGGUGGACGGCAUUGUCAAGAGUAUAGCCCUAGCCCAUGGCAGCCUGGGUGCAGGGCGUGUGUACAGGAAGAGAGGGGGCGUGUCCAGCAGCAGCGUGAACAGAAGUCCUCACUCCUACCUCAACAACCCGCUGGACGAGCGACUCAGGUAUGGCGACAACAUCGACAAGCAGAUGGUGCUCCUCAAGUUCACCAACUUGGACGGAGAGGACAUAGGCAUGCUCAGUUGGUUUGCAGUGCAUGCAGUCAGCAUGAAGACCUCCAACCGCCUGUUGAGCAGUGACAACCUGGGCUAUGCUGCCUACCUCAUGGAGCAGGACAAGAACCGUGGGGCGCUACCUGGACAGGGAGUGUUUGUAGCUGCUUUCUCCUCCAGUAACCUUGGUGACGUGAGUCCCAACACAGGUGGUCCUCACUGCAUCAACACAGCAGCUCCAUGUGACUACCUCAACAGCUCCUGUCCUGAUGGAGGGACUAAAAUGUGUCAAGCAUUUGGACCUGGUGAGGACAUGUUUGAUAGCACCAGAAUCAUUGGACUCAACAUCUACAGGAAGGCAAAGGAACUUUAUGCCAGUGCAGGUGAGGAGGUGACAGGUGAGGUGCGCUCUGCUCAUCAGUGGGUCAACAUGACAAAUGUCAGUGUUCCCAUCAAUGACACACACGUGGUGAACACCUGUAAACCUGCACUGGGUCACAGUUUUGCUGCAGGAACAACAGAUGGAGGAGGAGAUCUCAACUUUACACAAGGUGCUGUGGAGGGCGACCCAUUUUGGGACGGGAUCAGAGACACCCUCCUGGGACCCCCGUCCAAUCACACGCAGGAAUGUCACCUGCCUAAACCAAUCCUCUUCAGCACAGGAGAGAUGAACUGGCCGUUGCCAUGGCACCCAGAGAUUGUUGACGUUCAGAUCAUCACAGUUGGAUCCGUUGCAAUUGUUGCUGUUCCUGGAGAAAUGACCACUAUGGCAGGCAGGCGGUUAAGAGACGUUGUCAAACAGGUCCAGAGGUACGAGGGCGCCUCCACCAUCUACGGGCCGCACACGCUCAGUGCCUACCUGCUGAAGUUUGCUGAUCUGGCCCGGGCCGUGGCACAGGACAAAGUGGCAGAUCUUCCGCCGGGUCCGCCUCCUCCGUUCUUCCAGAAGAAUCUCUUCAACUUGUUGCCCCCGGCGCCGGCCGACAGGAAACCAGACAACAGCACCUUUGGACAAGUCCUGGAACAAGUACUUCCUGUGUACAGACAGGGCGACGUGGUGUCCGUCACCUUCGUGGCAGGAAACCCCCGACACUCCGGAGACGUGAGGGAUCGCAGCUUUGUCGCCGUGGAGAUGCAGGACAACACCAGCGACACCUGGACGCUGGUCCACACCGAUGCAUCAUGGGAGACCAGGUUUCACUGGCUCAAAGGUUCCAACCGCCAGAGCAACGCCACGGUGGAGUGGCACAUCCCGCCCCACGCCGCCACCGCCCGCUACAGGAUCAAACACACGGGCUGCUACAAGACCAUGAAAGGACUUCGGCCCGUCAUCACUCCCUACCAGGGCGUGUCCCGCGUCUUCCAGGUGGUGUCCUCCUUCUACCACCUGUGACGUCUGCUUGCACCUCCCUGCUCCUGCUGCGGCUCAUGUGACCUUACCCAGUCCUGCUAAGGGUCACGUGACCUUACCCAGUCCUGCUAAGGGUCAUGUGACCUUACCCAGUCCUGCUAAGGGUCACGUGACCUUACCCAGUCCUGCUGCGGGUCACGUGACCUUACCCAGUCCUGCUAAGGGUCACGUGACCUUACCCAGUCCUGCUAAGGGUCACGUGACCUUACCCAGUCCUGCUGCGGGUCACGUGACCUUACCCAGUCCUGCUAAGGGUCAUGUGACCUUACCCAGUCCUGCUAAGGGUCACGUGACCUUACCCAGUCCUGCUGCGGGUCACGUGACCUUACCCAGUCCUGCUAAGGGUCAUGUGACCUUACCCAGUCCUGCUAAGGGUCAUGUGACCUUACCCAGUCCUGCUGCAGGUCACGUGACCUUACCCAGUCCUGCUAAGGGUCAUGUGACCUUACCCAGUCCUGCUAAGGGUCAUGUGACCUUACCCAGUCCUGCUGCGGGUCACGUGACCUUACCCAGUCCUGCUAAGGGUCAUGUGACCUUACCCAGUCCUGCUGCGGCUCAUGUGACCUUACCCAGUCCUGCUGCGGGUCACGUGACCUUACCCAGUCCUGCUAAGGGUCAUGUGACCUUACCCAGUCCUGCUAAGGGUCAUGUGACCUUACCCAGUCCUGCUAAGGGUCAUGUGACCUUACCCAGUCCUGCUAAGGGUCAUGUGACCCCUGCUUUUAGAGGGACCACACCUUGCUAUUUUGCAA